AUGGCGGACGAAGAGUCCAGAUCAGCGCCGGAUGUCCCGCAGGUGUCCAUCAACGACGAGGCGUCGACGCAGCAGAGCCAAGGCAACGCGGACGUGACGAUGGCUGAUGUACCGACAGACCAAGCAUCACCGGCGCCGGCUGCUUUCGCUCACAGCCCAGCUCCUGGCCGGACAGGAACUCCGGCGCAAGGAUCGAGAGCCCCUUCGGCGCAUCCAGACUCGGGGUUUACGAUGCCUUCUGAGGCGCCUCCGCACGGCGAUUCGACGCGACGAUACUUGAACACAAAGGUCACCGGCGUUUUAUUGGAAGGGAUGAAACUAUUGGCCAAGGAGAAGCCAGAAGACCCUCUGCGAGUGUUGGGCGAGUACUUGAUACAGCGAUCAAGGGAGCUGGAAGGAACAGGAUGA